AUGAUAUCAGUAGCAUUUCAUGGAACAAGAGCAUAUCUUAUAGACAAAAGUCUUAUACCAAUAGUUUUGUUAUGGUUAGACUCAGUUGUUGGAUAUAACUUCAUAACUUAUGGUUCAUUCGAUACAGAACGUUGCAGUGAAGGCUUACUUUACAUCGUUCAGAAACCGAAGGACUUCAAUACAAAGAGAUAUAAGAUAGGAAGAACAUAUAAUAUAACUCAAAGAUAUGACAGUACAGUCAAUAGAGUCAAGGUUGUGUUUGUUAAUGAUAUGAGAGCUGCUGAAACAGAACUACUUGAAAAGUUUGAGAAAAUGUAUGGUGCUCCCAUAAAAGGUAAAGAAACGUUUGAAGUAGAUGAGAUAGAUAAAGCUAUAAAAUUAUUUGACGAAGUUGCUGAAAAAUACAUGUAA